AUGCCCGCUCCGUCACCGAACAUUCCUCAUGCGAAUCAGUCUCGUCGAACACCUACGGACUCAAUGCACCAGCUCGACAAAUCCAGCCGCCCUGCUCCAAUCCCCACGUCGUCCACCACAACGGCAGCCCUCACCGCUGAUGGCCAUCAUCCCCGUGCUCCGCAGCCGUCGAUCGACUUGCCAUUACUUCCACGGCGACGACCGCAGGUCUCACUCUCACCGCCGAACAAAACUCUCCCGACCCCUACCACCACUCCUAUCAUUGCCGCCUCCAUCUCCAGCGAUGCGGACUCGGUAUGCGUAGAAGGGGUCAAUUACCCUGUCAGUAAGUGCACCGUUUCCCAGAUCAGACAGCUCACCGAUUCAGAAAGUGGCUGGGGACUGGCUGGGGCUGUGAAAUCGACGUCGCAGCACAUCUUCCUCGCUAUAAACAAUCUGACACGAUUGAAGCUAUCGUUGUGCGCUAAAAGCUGUAGUUUGGAAGGCUGCCAACUGACAGGAAUAACUCACGCCUCGGCAUUUGUAUUUAAAAAUAAGGCCAAGACCCUGUUAUCUGCAAGCAGCGUUUGUGAAUACGGGCCAGCAUUGUGUAUCGGCGAUAUCGUGCAUGUUAUCCCAGCGAGUCAAUGUUAAUAAAAAUGCAGAGGGAAUAAUUGCGACCGCACUCUGUGGUUUCUACAGGUUUUUUCCCGAACCGAACACAUAUGAAUAACUCAUGCCUGUCAAAAUAUCGGCUUUUGGCUUCAGACGUGCGUUUGAACAGCACGACAUAUUUUUAUGUUAAUUAACGAGAACCAGCCGCCCUCUGACUUAACAUGCCACAGUGAUCACUGGAAACAACGCUUUAAGCGAGCAAGCAACGCAAAAUGUUUUUUUUUUGUAAUUCACUGAUUAACGUAAUGCUCCAAAUGCUGUCCAGAAAUUAUUUUAUGCCUAUCACGCAAACGAAGUAAAAUGUGACUCUUCUUAUUGGCAAACAAAAUAUACCAGUGCUAAUGCAAUUCUGCCCUGAAUAUAUGUUCGUAUGCUUCAUAACUUAGGAGACAUGCACCAGCAUCAUUUUGGUCAAUGACUCAGUCACUGAUGACUGCCAUAUUCCUCGUCAGAUGUUGAUUUAGCACUUUCGGUUAUAUCUGCUGUCAUUUAUCUUCUCACAAACACUUCGGGCAGCGCCAGCGAGGAUAAACCUACGGUUCGAAGUUCGACUUUGACAAUCCUUGAUUAUUCCAACCUGUAUUUAACUCCACAGGACCAAUAAUCACUUGUUGAAAGGAUCUUUGUCUGUAUGCCUUUCAAAAACAUAAUAUUUAAGCAGAAAAUGACCAGUCAACCAUUUAUUAUUCAAAUAAACUAAAUGCCUAAGAAUUCAUUGUACCUCUCACAUGUGGAUUUUGUGUAUACUAAAAUGAGCUCAAUCUGCCAAGAUAGUUAGUAACCUUGUGGUAAGCGUUUGCCGACUUGCAAACCACCGUAUAAUAUUUCUGGAAAUUUAGGUAGGAGUUAACAGCAUCCUAAGCUGACUAUUCUAACACCAUCUUGAAUGAAAUAUGCGAAAUUUACUGUACAGCUCGAGCCGCCUGCUCUUGGACAUAAAAAUAAUGUUUUAGUCAACACCGCUCGCAUGCUUUCAGAUUAACUGAUCUGGACCCAAGUACUGUAAGUUCCAGCCUGAUUUGUUUUAAGUGGGUCAUGCUUUUCUUCUUCAACCAACACGUUGAUACCGCUGCAAGCACGCAUAAAGCGCGGUUGCAAUUUCCAAUAAUGCAAACACAAGUAGGUAGAAAAUUGACUUUGGCUCAUUCCUUGAAUGAGGGGAGGUGCGACUUAUUUGCAUUUGAAAAUUUCACUAGACAUGAAAUAAUAAACUCCCCAUGACUUCCAUUAGUUUACCCAGCGAACCAAAUAUUAAUUAACAUUGUGAAAUAUGUUUUACAUUGAAAAGAACUGUUUAGGUGGAAUUGAAACCUACAGUUCACUCACGAGAUAGUUCAUUCACACCAGGAUGGUACCUUUCAAAUGUGCUUAUUUCCCGCCAUUUGCAAAGGUCACACCUGCCAAAAAGUAUCUACGGAAAUCGGACGACUUUCUCAACUCAAUUUUAUUCCCUUUUAAAUCCAAAUAGAUUUUGUAAAACCGUAAAAAAAUACUCCUUCUUGGUGCUGAAGAUAAUAAAGCAUGUCUUCUUUCGUGUUCAUAUUCAAAGAAUGUAUACUUUUUUAUUUUGAAAUUUUAUUGCUGUUUCCCUGUUUAUCUCGGACGCGAUCGACUUUUGCGUUGCGCUUAUGGUUUUUGAGUUAAAAACUGCACACUGUCAGAGCAAGUAAAUUUACGAAUUGUCCUGUUAUCAGAAAUGCACAGUAUAAAGCCCAGAUAAUAUCACGAUGAAUGCGGACCAUGUUACACACUUCAGAAGGAGCAUAAAUAAACGGAAAAAGACAACUUUGCUUGAAUGAACAUUAAAUAAUUCUAUUGAUAGCGUGAACGUUUGUUAAACCAUAGGAAAUCUUUUAUUUUAGUUGAAAUAUUGAAGAAAACAUGAUUUGUCGCCAUACGAAUAAAGAAUAGUAUUUUUGAGUCUUUUCUAUAAUGAUGAGUGAAUUUCUAAGAGCAUAGAAAAUCAGUAGAAAAGAUCGUACUGCUGCAAAAAUGAUGAACGCGCGAUCACUUGGGCAGUACUAUUGCAAGCUUAAGCUUGUGGUUUCCUAUAGGAGGUCACCAUUACAGACUGUGAGAAUACCACAAAUAAUGAGCAGUUUUUCUAGCCAAACAACAGAUCGCACUCACACUAACUAUUCCUUUUGUAGACGACAAGAAGAGUGUGCAGUUGAAAGCCAUCAGCUAAACUUGAUAAACGUAUUUCCAUGGAAAAGCUAUUGUUUAAACAAACUGGCCUUAUUAAACUGAACUGUGGACAGCGCCUUUGCUAGUCAGCUCCUACAGAUUACAAUUUAACCGAUUUGACUAAGAAGUGGUUACAAAGUGUCUUUUUUUCUGGCUAGACUACGAAAAAGAUAUCUUUGUAUGGUCCAAAAAGGAUAUGAGCGAAAAUGCUCUACGGUCUUAAAAGUUUAUGGUUCUUAACCUGGUUAGUUGAUAGAUCUGUAUGUCAGCAUCGACGUACUUCAAGAUAUGCAUUAAAAUUUAAAAAGUCAUUCAGUUUUCGGAGAAGUUUUGGAAAAUUACUCUUGUGCCUCUUAGGGCUUUACUGUCAGGAAAUAGCAGAGCGCCUAUCCUCUUUUUGACAAGCAAUGUUUGAGUUACUAUUUAUAAAAUGACGGUAAGGUUUUAACGGAAAAUUUCGGCUGGUUAACCUCAAGAUACAGUAUCGUCUUUCUAAUGUUGCUUAAUUACAAGAAAUUUAUGGAAGAAAUUUAUUUUAACGUCAUCUUGUGCGCUAAAUAUGAAUCAGUGUAUGUUAUGCUGGACUUACAUCUUACACCACUUUCAAAACGGCAAAAUAAAACCCUAACGAAAGCAGAGAACAUUGGCAGUCAAAUUAAAAGUUUGAGGUCUAUUACCGUUUUAGCUUAAAUGUUUAAAAUGGCUGAGGGUGUCGAUGAUAAAAUCCUAACUGAUCAGUUCCUGUGUACGUUGUAAAACAGACAAAGGCAAUUGGCAGAUGUAAGUAUCAAGUUACCUUCCAAAACGUAAGCUGCCUUGUAACAAAAACUCACAGACCGUUUUCGAAGUGAUGUUAUGAGAAUUUAAACAUGUAAGCCAAUAACAAACAAGACAAGAGAUGGUAGAAAUAACCGCCUUUGAGAAGAGGUAAUACCAACGCGCACGAUCAUACAAGUAUUGCUUUCUAAGCUAUUUCCUAAUAAGCGUUAAAUACCCAUUUCUGCAAUCUGUAGAAAAACCAAAAUCGGCAGUCUGAGUGGAAUGUUCACAUAGACAGAUAAAAUUGUAAGGUCGUGCAAGUUGCUGAUGAGUAACUGGCAGAUUGCGGACUGCACAUUUCGUCCCUGGAUUUAAGUUGCCAAUAAUAAGGAAAUCAAGUAGCUUCUCCAAUUUUUCUCAAGAAAUUACGUACAGGUAUAAGGCUUACAAAUGAAAUCUCGAAGAUGUUUUCAUGCUGGCUGCAAUAACCAGGAUUUAGUUGACAAAUGAAAUAAAAUAUAGUAACGGACUUCUUAUAAGGGACCCAGAAAGCCGGAAACGCGUUAAAGCAUUUGGAGUAAUAGAAUUAAUUUUAUUUUUUUUUACAGAUUAAAAUGUUUGUUGUCGGCAUGAAAAAGCAGACGUGUUUAAUGAACAGCAUUUCGGUUUGAUAAUUUCUUCGUCCCUCUUCAUGCAGUUUGACCGUCAUUUCCAAAGAUGCCCACAGUGUACUCCACAGCAAGGUAAGAGCAGGGACGGUGACUUGCAUGUAAAGCGGUUUAUAGUAAAUGUAUACUUGCGCAGCAUCUACCUCACUCCCUCCCCCUCCCCGCUUAAAUCCGGUGUCAAAACAGUCAAGCAGACCAGAGGCGGGGAAUGCGCAGGUGUAUAGCGUGGUCGAGUCCGCAGCUUGGCGUUUCAUUCCACAUCCCUUGUCCACGCAGCAAAUAAGAUAAAUAAAUAAAGUAAAACAAUUUUAGUAAAAACCCAUUGGGGUUCCAUCGGGAUUUUAACCAACUGCAGAAGAAUCGGGAGCUGGCGCGGCCGAAGCCACCCCGAGGCGUGCCAACAGACCUGGAUCGGAUCCCACGGAGUGGGAGUGCCAUAAAGGCAACAUUGAGAAGAAGCUUUUGCAGACUGACUCUUAGACCACCGGUCGGCUGUUCUACACAAACAAACUACAGUGGGCUGUCUGCGAGGUCCAAGUUAUCCCGUCCUGUGGCAACCUUCCAAGCCACGGCUUUUAGUUCACCGUGAUAGCAUCAAGCGCGUCAGAUUGUUUGUGUGGGAUAUAUGCGCUGAGAUGUCGACUAAGCUCUCUCUUCCCAUUCUCAGGUCUCAGUCGCUGUCCAAACCGGUCAGUUGACAGGUGCAGGGAAUGAGCCCGGUGGCUGA